AAAGGUGAUAUAAAUAGUAUAAUUGUUAAAUGCUGUCAAGCACAAACCUGCUCGGUGGAUCAUAUUUCAAUUCAGUAGUUGGAUGGGAAAGUGUUGGUGGAUAAGUUUUAACCAGAAAAGAAAAAAGAAUCGUUUUGUUUGGUACGAUGGAAAGAAAUAAAAUUAAAAUAUUAUAGAACCACGAGGGAAGUAGGGGAUCAUUCUCAAGUCAAGAAAUCAAGGCCCAUGUAUGGUUGGUCCAAGCAAGCCCAUUUAACAGAUUAACCCAAAGCCCAACCUUUAGAUCCAGACCCACAAAGUUCCACGUGUAUGAAUCUGGUCUGACUCAGACAAACUUAUAGUCUUCUUUAACAACACCAAAGCACUCUUUUUGACAUCUCACACCUCGACAAAAACCCUAGCCGUCAUUUGUGAAAGAGAGCAGCAGCGGCAGCGGCAUUUCUCCCCUAGGCUGUAGCCAAAAGACCCAUCAAACAAAAAUGAAGUUCAACAUUGCAAAUCCCACCACUGGUUGCCAGAAGAAGCUGGAAAUAGACGAUGACCAGAAACUCCGAGCUUUUUUUGACAAGAGGAUCUCACAAGAAGUCAGUGGUGAUGCUCUGGGUGAGGAGUUUAAGGGCUAUGUAUUCAAGAUCAUGGGAGGCUGUGACAAGCAAGGUUUUCCAAUGAAGCAAGGAGUUCUCACUCCUGGCCGUGUUCGUCUUUUGCUUCACAGAGGUACUCCCUGCUUCCGUGGGUAUGGUAGGAGAAAUGGAGAGCGCAGGAGGAAGUCAGUUCGUGGAUGCAUUGUUAGUCAAGAUCUUUCAGUUCUGAACUUGGUUAUUGUGAAGAAGGGUGAAAAUGAUCUUCCUGGAUUGACUGACACUGAGAAGCCAAGAAUGAGGGGUCCAAAGAGAGCAUCAAAAAUCCGGAAGUUGUUCAACCUCUCUAAGGAGGAUGAUGUUCGGAAGUAUGUUAAUACUUAUCGCCGAACCUUUACAACCAAAUCUGGUAAGAAAGUCAGCAAGGCUCCCAAAAUUCAGAGGCUGGUGACUCCUUUGACUUUACAAAGGAAGCGUGCCAGAAUCUCAGAGAAGAAGAAGAGAGUUGCAAAGGCCAAAGCUGAUGCUGCUGAGUACCAGAAGCUCCUUGCCCAGAGGCUGAAGGAGCAGCGUGAACGCAGGAGCGAGAGCUUGGCCAAGAAGAGAUCCAGGCUCUCUGCUGCCUCUAAGCCAUCCAUUGCAGCUUAAUUGUGCCCACAAGGUUCUGUAUUUUGGUCGGUUGUGCAAUGCUUAUUCUGAAAUCUUAUCAUAGGAUGAGGUAAUUUUGAUUGUUCAAUUUUCAAAGAGUUAACAAUGAUUUUUUGGGGUAUCACAUGAACUAUAUGCUUUAAAUUUUUGUGACAUUAUGUUGUGGGUUGUUUACCUAUUCUUCUGGUUACUAUAUGAAUGGUUAAUUACUGAUUA